AUUGUAGAUUUUUUAUAUAAAAAUGAAGAUUCUAUAUAAAAGUGAAAUAAAAACAUUAUUCGUUUUUUUAUGUAUGUAUUUUAGUCAAUAAUGUAUUUUUAUUCUUGUAAUAUAUAAUUAAUUGUAAUAUAACAUGUUAUCUACUGAACCUUCUGAUUUAUCGAAUGAAAGCAUGGACCCGUGGUCCUUUUGGAAGUCAAUAAAUAGCCCAAAGUUCAUAGUGGCCCCAAUGGUUGAUCAGAGUGAACUCCCAUUUAGGCUACUAUGUAGACGAUACUCUGCCGAUCUGGCAUACACUCCUAUGUUACACGCUAAGAUUUUCUCAGAAAAUGAAAACUAUCGCAAUAUCCACUUCCACACAUCUAGUGAUGAUAAACCAUUAAUUGCUCAAUUUUGCGGAAAUGAUCCAAACGCCUUUAUUUUAGCAUCAUCAUAUAUAAAAAACGAUGUUUCUGCAAUUGAUAUUAACUUAGGAUGCCCACAGGGGAUUGCAAGAAAGGGAAGAUAUGGCUCAUUUUUGCUGGAAUAUCCUCAAUUAAUAAAUGAAAUUGUUAGAAGUCUGACACAAACUGGGAUAAACGUAACUUGCAAAAUUAGAAAAGUAGAAAAGGACUGUUUACAGUCAACAUUAAAUUUGUGCUAUUCACUAGAGGCGAGUGGCUGUAAGGCCUUAACAGUACACGGCAGACAUAGAAGCGAAACUAAAACGAGAAUAAGUGAGUGUGAUUGGGACUCAAUUAAGAUAAUUAAAUCAAAAGUCAAUAUUCCUGUAAUCGCAAAUGGAGGAAUUGAAACCUUUGAAGAUGUUAAAAGAUGUCUAGAAUAUACAGGUGCUGACGCAGUAAUGUCGUCUGAAGCUAUACUUGAGAACCCAUACCUUUUCUCAGGGAAAAUAUAUAAUAACAUUGACAUAUUCGAAGAGUACUUAUCAAUUCUCAAAGGAUCCCCAAGACAAAAAAUCAGCUGUAUCAAAGGUCACGCAUUUAAAAUUCUUUACAAGUACAUUAAUCAGCACCAUGAUAUCAGAACCGCAAUAUCAAACGCUAAUACUAUUAAGAAAUUUGAGAAUAAACGUAGUUUCAAAGACAACACUUUCAUAUCCGGAUACAUGGUAUAG